ACCUUCAUUAUUGUCAUUCGUCGUGUAACUCAUACACCACUCGGUAAGAGAUGUGAACUUGUGGAAAUAUUACGAAUUCUUAAAGUACGUUGAUUUUAGUCGCUUCAAAAUGGAAAAAUCUGAAGUUGUUAUUCCGAAAGGCAGCAAAGGCGAAGAUGAUGAAAAUAAGGAAAGUAUAAAUGAAAAUGAUCCAUUAAAGCCAGAUAAUAAAAACGUUAAAGAAAAAGUUAAAGGAAAAGAUGAGACGUUACUAUCGAGACUCAAAAUUAUAAAACAAAACAUAACAGUGGAACCAAUAAUGAUGUGUUACCUAAUGCCCAGCGUGUUGGCGUCUCUGGCUACGCAAAAUUUGAAUCUUGAAAAAGCUUGUCUUGUCAACUUAAAUUACUCUUCUGAAGUCUGUGAAGCUCUUAAAGCGAGGGAUAUAGGAAACUAUACUGAAUAUGAGGAUAAUGUGCAAUUACUAACAGCGUAUAUACAAUCUUGGAAGAACAUAAUACAGACCGCGUUCCCCGUUCUUAUAAUUCUGUUUGUUGGCGCCUGGAGUGAUAAAACUGGAAGACGAAAACCGUGCAUCCUUUUACCCAUUGUAGGUGAGAUGCUAUCGUGUAUUGGUUUCAUGGUAAAUACUUAUUUCUUCUAUGAAUUACCAGCAGAAGUGACGGCGUUGACGGAAUCUGUGUUUCCUGCUUUAACGGGGGGUUGGUAUACAAAUUUUAUAGGCACAUUCAGUUAUAUCAGUGAUAUUACAACAGUUGAAGAUCGAACUUAUAGACUAGGUAUUGCGAAUUUAUGCAUGUCUCUUGGCUAUCCCAUUGGAAGUGCGUUUAGUGGAAUCUUGCUCAAGUGGGUUGGAUAUUAUGGAGUAUUUUCCAUAUCAGUCUCCCUUUAUAUGUUCAGCCUUAUAUAUGGAUUCUUCUUUCUGGAGGAUACUAAACUAAAAACUGUUGAAAAUAAGCGUAGCGGGUGUUUUGGAUUCUUUCGUGAAUUCUUUGACUUUAGAUUAGUAAAAGAAACAUUUAAAGUUGCGUUCAGAAAGGGUCCAGGAAAUAGAAGGGUGCGUGUGUGUCUUCUUCUUUGUGCAGUUUUCGUUAUAUUUGGACCAACGCAAGGAGAAUACGCUGUUAUGUACCUUUUUGCUCGAUACAGAUUUAAUUGGGACGAAGUGAAGUUUAGCAUAUGGUCUACUUAUUGUAUUGUAACCAAUUUAAUUGGUACAACAUUUUCCAUUUCCCUAUUUAGCAGCUAUUUAAAAGUAGACGAUACGAUAUUGGGAAUUAUAUCAUGCACCAGUAAGAUCGUUGCAUCUUUCGCGUACGGCUUCGCGAGGAACGAUCUAGAAAUUUAUUUGGCGCCGCUUUUAGAAUUGUUGAAUGGCACUUCAUUUAUAGCGAUGCGCUCGAUCGCAUCAAAACUGGUCAGCGGAGAAGAGUUUGGCAAAGUAAACUCCCUAUUUGGUCUAGCGGAGGCCAUGACGCCUCUCCUCUACGGGCCACUAUACUCCAGGGUUUACAUGUCCACACUGAACGUCCUGCCCGGUGCUGUGUUCAUACUUGGAGGGCUUCUUACCGUGCCAGCUAUUGUCCAAUUCGGCUGGCUCUACUUUGAACACAAGAAAGAUAGAAGAAGAAACAUAGAAAAACCAAUAGAAUGAUUAAAGAUUUUAUUAAUAUUGUUUUAAGUAUAUUUUUCUACAAUAUGGCUUGGUUAAAAUAAUAUCACGUAAGAUUGAAAAAUGUGAUAAAAGUGUAACAAAAUGUGAAUGUGAUCUAAUGUGUGUACGUAAGUCAGUAUAAGUUUGUAGACAUAAUAAAUUUGAUUUUUUAUAGAUAA